CAAUUGUUGAAGAUUGUUUGCCGCUCUCUCAAGUUCGGUCUGCACACAACAGGUAUGCAUCAUCAUCGAUCUGAAAUAGUUACUUCGGCUUCAAGUGGUCUGUCCCCUGCUUUGUUUUUCCUUUUGUUUCUCAUGUACACCCGUUCUCAGCCAUCGGCAUUGAUCAAUCAUGGAUUUUUGUUUGCUACUGGUAUCUUUCUUAUUAGCAAUCACAUAUAAGUUUCGUAUCUUAUAUAUUUAUAUAUGUGUUGUUGCUUUUCAGCAUAAAGUAUGAUUAGAUCAAAUUUAUUGAGUAACGAGCGGAAUAAAAGUAAGAAGAACCAGAACCCAUCAAGGAAGAGUUCUGAACUUUCUGGAGACCGCGUUACAAUGGUUGGAUCAAAUCCGAAGAAAAACAAACAAGGCCAAUUAAGGGAUCACGCAAAUGGAAAAUCAUUUAUGCACCGUAAGAAAUCUGCAGAAAAUACAAUACGUAUCUCCAAACACAUGGCUGGACACUCAAAGAAGGUAUCUACUGCACAUCAGAAUUCAUCAUCUUCUCCGCCUGUUCCUAGAAAGAAUACGCACUUUAAAGCCCCUCGAGAUUAUUUAUCCCAAAGCAAAAGAACAUCAGAUCCAAAUGGGCAUCAAUCACUCCAUCGCAGGACGGAAACUGUUGAGCAAGUACAUAUCAGAAACACGCCCUCUUCAAGGAUUGAUAUGGAAGAAGAAUAUCUCUAUAGUGGAGAAGAUGUUGGCUACGAGCCAAGUGAUGAAGAGCCUAUCGGAGAAGAAGAUGAAUUUGGGUCUGAACCAGAAGAUGAUAAUUCAACAGAGACUAAUGUUCAAAAGCGAACCAGAGGUCCUACAAGCUGUAUGGCAAUUCAUGUUCGUGAGAUGGAAGAGCGUGACACUAUCACUGUUAAUGACUUCGGUCAACCUAUUGGCGAUGAUUUCAAAUUUAGUAGCUUUCUGGGUACAUUGGCGCGAAACAACAAGUUUGUUCCUUUAAAUCAUUUUUCGUGGAAGGAUGUUCCGAAGGAGAACAAAGAGGAUAUUUGGAACUACGUGAACGCCAAGUAUGUUGUUCCAAAUAUUUGUAAGAAGUGGGUUUUGGAUACGGUACGCAAUGCGUGGAAGGGACAUAAGAGUAGGACAAAGACAAAAAUGAACAAGUAUAAGACAAGAAGGGAGAAAUUGGCCAAUAGGCCAAAAACAAUUCCAUUGGGUGUAAUGGAAGAUCUUCUCGAUCACUGGAACAAACCAGAAGUGCAGGAAGAAAGUGACAGAAAUAGUCAGCAUCGUAUGAUACAAGAGGAUCACCACAAAUCUGGGUCGGAAAGUUUUGCAAAGCAACGAGAGAAGCUGAAGAAAUUGAAGGGAAAUAAUGAAGAACCAACUGCUUUGGAAAUGUAUUUCCGAACUCGAAAGGCCAAGCAAGGAGAUGAUAUGGACGAAAUUACAAGAGCUCAGGUUGAUGGGUUGCGAAGAACAAUUGUGGAAGAAGGAGAGGGUUCAAGUUCACGGCCAAAGGUUCGAUAUUAUGGAAGAGGAGUGACUCCAAAGAGUUUAAAGAGAAAACACCAAGCUAGUGACAACAUACUACCAAAUGGAGCCCAUGCUACUAAUGAAGAACUGCAAACUAAGAUGGACCAACAAAAAACCCUUCUCUCGAAUGGACUACAUGGUGCAAUGGCAAAGUUGCAAGAAAAAAAUCCAUCAAUCAUCAUUCCUGAAGGCAUGUUUGAUUUUUUGUUGGUGGAUAAUUCUACAAACGAUAUCACUAGUGGUGGAAAGGAAACUACCGAAGAUGCAAUGGAAGAGGGAAAUGAUUAGUACCAGAUCUUGGCGGCUGAUUGAUGUAGUCCAAGCCUGCAGAAUUUUGGACUUGAUGGUUUUGUAAUUCUCAAGUCCCCUUGAUGUUAGAUUGUCCCUUUUUUAUAUCGAGAGUCUUUUCGGACAGUUUGUUGAAGAUACUCCUGUGUUUGUGGCAGCCUUUGCUGUUCGUACUUUCAUUUCGAGUUAUGGUGCAAAACUUCCAGUUCUGGUGAGAGGCCUUUUGUUUGGCAAUGAAACAAUAAUGCUCCCAAAUAUGGAUCCAUUUCAUGAAUGCUAAUGCUCUUAGUGGGUUCUGAACUAUUCCAGCCUAUAUAUAUACAUACUAGUUCACCUGGUGCAGAAUUCAGGUCAUGUAAUUGCAGAAUUUUCUGCAGCUAAGGGUCUGGAGUUGCAGAAUUUUCUGCAGCUAAUGCUCACAGUCACAGUGCAUGUUUACAGUAAGCUCCACAGUUGAUGGCCAGCAACCUGAGAGGGAAACAACAAAUAUAAAUGAUAAUG